CUGGAAUGAGAUUGAUUGUGUUAUUGAGUUGGGUGGUGUACAUAUCUCAACUCAACUGUGAUGUGAGUAAUAAUCUAGAGUAUAAUUACCCCAUCUAACUCCUUUACUCCAUUAACAACAUACAUCCAGUCCAGUGGGUUCAAAUUCGAAUUUGGAGGGUGGGACACAGAAACAAGAAUCAAGGCAGUGUCACGUCAUUUCCUCCUAAAAGCAAGGGUAUUUCCGGAAUAAGAACCGGUGAUUUCGCCACGUCAGAAAUUGCCAAACUGGCAUUGUGGCUUCAAUCUCGGACGACGACCAUGCACGCGCAUGACGCCCCCCCAAUUCCUUUCCCUUUAUAAACCCACUCUCUCCCUCCACAAUUCUCUUCAUCUUCCUAACUUCAAAUCGUGGCAUCUUCUUCUUCUCCCCCCCUCUCUCUCUCUCCCUCUCUCUCUCUCUCUCUACAAACUUUCUCUCUCUACAAAAUAACAUGCACAAAAAUAUAUAUAUGUAUAGAGAAGAAAUGUACAGUAGUCAGAAAUCAUCCAGAGAAGACAGAUUAAAAAGAAAUCCUCGAAAUCCAUCAUUCUCUUCCAGUCUUCUUGACGAAAUCUACCGUUCCAUCGAUGGCGGGAACGAGAAAUGCCAAGAAUUGAAGUUUUAUAAGGAUAGAGUCGUCAAGAAACAGAGUCAUGGCAGUAGUGUCCAGGAUGAAGACAUGGCGAGCCUCCGCCGAGCAUGUCUUCUCGAGAAGUGGAUGGAAAAGAAAGUUCACGACAAGGUUUCGGGUCGACGACGCCAAUCGGUACCCGAAUCAGAGGAGAGAAAAUUGCAGCACCGCAACACUGAUGCUCUGUUCUUCAGUUCCUCUUCAAGUUCUUCUGAUUCUAGUUCCGGUGCACUCUCAAUCUCAUCCUCCGACACUGAGUUUUUGGGGAAAUCGAGGACUUCUUGUUUCACUGCAAAGAGGCCAAAGCCAGUGAAGACUAACGUUUCGGAGAAAUUGGGAAAGGCUGAAUACUAUGAACAGAGUGAGUACUACUUGUUCGAUGAUUAUCCUCAUCGGAAAAACCAUGAAGAUUUGAAGAAUGAAGAUGGUUUGAUAAAAUCAAAAUUGAGAGCUUUAAAGAUUUACAGCAAUUUAAAGAAGGUGAAACAGCCAAUCUCGCCUGGGGGUAAGCUCGCGAGCUUUUUAAACUCUCUGUUCAGUAAUGGAAAUUCGAAGAAGAAGAACUCAAGCUCAUCAUCAACUGGAGGUUACGAGGAUGUGUGUGUGGAGAGAAAAGCAAAGUCCACUCAAGCAUCUACGUGUUCAUCGGCAUCUUCAUAUUCCAGAUCAUGUUUAUCUAAGUCCUCACUGAAUUCGAAGGAAAAACCCAACAGUGGUGUGAAAAGAACUGUAACAUUCUAUCCAGUGAGUGUGAUCGUCGACGAAGAUUGUCGUCCUUGCGGCCACAAAUGCAUAUAUGAAAACAAUUCCAGCAAGUAUGGGAUGGAAGAGGUAAAGCGCCGGCAAGUUCUUGUGGAAAAGAGUCGGAAAAUUGAAGAGGCCGCAGCGGCGAGAGAGAUUUUGAAAGGGUAUGCAAAGAAUGCUAUGGUGCUUAGUGGUAAUGAAGUCGACUAUGACGAUGCGGCUAGUGAUUCAAGCUCGGAUUUGUUCGAGCUUGAUCACUUGGCAUUUAUUGGGAAUAACAAUCGUAGAUUUUGUGAGGAACUUCCAGUUUACGAAACUACCUUUCUUGAUACGAAUCGUGCCAUUGCUAGUGGCUUGAUUCGUUAGUUUCAUAAUUGUUAUCUUUUUUGACAAUAUCAUUUUCUUUGAAUAUAUAGAUACGCUUUUAAUUAAAUCAAAUUUGUGAUGGGUUAUUAUGAUCAUUGUU